AUGCCAAAAAUACAGUCUGAGAGAAAAUGCCAUGUGGUCCAGCUGAUGAUGUUCAAUCCAGCGAGCCCAAUAAGCCACAGUGAUCCUUACUACCGGGAAAAGCCAGAACUGAAAGAUAUGAUACACUGUGUUGUGUAUGUAGUGAACGCAGAGAAUCCAGGAUUAGCGCUAGCAGGUGAAGCUGCGGAAAAGAUAUUCAUAGACAUCAAAUCCAAACUUGGAGAACGGCAUGUUCCACAAGUUGUUCUGAUGAACAAAGUGGACCGACUUCGAGCUUCUCUGGGUGAUGAUAUAUCAGAAUUAUUUCAAAGUGUUGAAAUUAAAAAGAAAUUAGACACCGUGGCCAACUUUACGAAUAUACUAGAAAUGAACAUCUUACCUAUGUCCAACUACCACAACGAGCGUGUACCAAACACAAACAAAGAUGUACUGGCACUGACUAAUUUAAAAACCAUUAUGGACUAUGCUAAUGAUUUUGUUUACAAUGCAAGUGAUAGAAACGCUCCAUCGGGUUUCUACGACUGAUGUAAUCACCUGACAAGUGGAUGAAUGACUCUACUUUUGGGGAUUGUCAUCUAUAAUUUCCUUUUUCAAUUACACACACUGUAAAUGUAGCAAAAAUGAUUUGUAAUAUUUGAAUUAUGAUCUCCUAAUGUUUUAUCUUUUCACUUCAAUUGAUGUUUGUGCGCAUAUGUUACAGAAAACUGAUAUGCGAGUAUAAUAUCAAAUGGUGACUUUACUGGAUUUAUCAAAUAUUUAAUCAAACUAACCUGCUAUUAAUUUGAAGAUUUAAAUGUGCCUCCAUACAACUAAAUCCUAUUACUAACCAAGACAUUAAAUGAGAAUUAAAUGAGAAUAAGAAAAUAAUGAACGCUUUCAAAUUUUUGUGAAUACCCGGUAUCUCUUCAAAACAAAGAAUUGUAUUACAUGCGCAAUAAAAAGCACUAUAUCACUGUUUCUGUGCUAAACGAACUACGACUAAAAAAUCACAUAAUUUGUGUUUGGAUUGCAUAUCGAGCAGUAUAAAAUACACGAUCAAUAGGAUAUACACAUAACAAUAUCAUGGUAAAUCUGAUAUCCAUUACCUUAUAAAGGAUCAAAUUUAUUCAUGAAUAUUAAAAGACAAAGAAAUACAGUCCUACAUAAGGCUGUAUUGUAAAAUGUCUCCCUUUUAAGAUAAUAAUACUAACCAAUGUUAUUAUUAGAAGUGCAUGUAUAACGCGGAAUAUAUCAACACAGGGUUGAUGUAAGAUAAAGCGAUAAAUCGGAUAAACACGGACAGGGCUAAAGGUGGGAUCAUGUCAUAUUAAGGUAUAUUUCUGGUAUAAUAUGCUUUGGUUUGUCCAUUCCGACCGUAACUUGAAAAAUUUGGACAAUUACGUGUACAUAAACAAUACAUUGAGAUUUUCAGGUUAGAAUGCUUACUAAUAUGUAAUGCAGCUACUUCAAACGAUCAUGCCUAUGUAUCUAAAUCUUUUAUUAGCCCAGAGUUUUUGCAUCAAACCACAUGACAUCGUGUUCAAUGACAGGGAAUUUCAUGUCCUUCAAUCCAUUAUCAUUAAGGUUUAAUCUUCCACAAUUGCUUUCUUGAUUUGCUCUCUCUUUUUGAUAGAGGAAUUCAAGCUAUUAAUACGUUUAUGGAGGUAUCAUGCCUUCUCUCAAAGCGUUUGUUUGACUCAUCAAUCUGAUUGUUUGGAAUCACUUCAGGGUAAACUAUUUCUACCCACAAUGAGCAGCAAAUACCAAUGUAUACAGGUGAAAUGAAUUAACAGAUUCAAAUCAAUAAUCACCGAUACAUGUACAAAACAAACAUUAGUAAUGUGAAUUCAAACAUAUUAUAUUAUCAGCAUCAACACUAGAUUCGAAAUUUUCGCCAUUUGCGAUUUAUUUUU